AUGGUUCCAAACGGGUUCUCUUUUUGGGACUUGAUCUACAUAUCCGUCAAGCCUGAGCUAUCUUGGAAUAAUGAAUACCAAAACUCUCAAGUUGCUGCAGACAUUCUCUGGCACCCUGAACUUUCAUACGAUAACGAUGGCACGCUAACAAUCAAUUUCGACUACGAGAGUUCUGAUGUCCAAAACUAUCUUUCAGAUUAUGCCCCUAUUACUCGACAAAUCGCGUUCAACAUCUCCUUCCCAGAGCCAGACAAUGACAGGUUCGACCUAGAAAGAGUCGAAAUCUUCAACGAGGAAUUCAACUUGUAUGAUGGAUGCGAAGUUAAAUUCUAUUUGCACGAACAUGACCUCCCGCAAAUUUCGUGUGCUCUCCCAUUUCGCAAUCUUGGCGUAGAAGAUUGUAUGUUUGAGUACUACGUAGGAAAUGCAUGUCAAGACAGGGUGGAUAUAAGUUCAGAGUGGUACGCAGAGCUUUUACUCAAUGAGGAUUCCGAGGCAGACCAGAGUGAUGGUUACGAUUCUGAUGACAACAGCUUCUAUGGCGGUGACUGGGAUGACGAUGAUGAUAAUGAUCACUAUCACUGGUAUUAG